GUUUACAAACUCCCAACCAGGACGUCCCGGGGGAAUCGUUUAGUAUUCCACAUUUCAACGCUGUGCCCGGAGUACGAAAAGCAGUGCUUAAAUGCUUGGAGUUAGAAUGCUGAUGCUGCACUAUAGCAAACACGGCGAGUGCAUACUCCAGGAAAUUGGUGCAGCAUUUCGCGGAGAGCAUGCGACAGACCUGCUACUCAUCUGCGAUGGCAAGGAGACGGUGCGAGCACACAAGCUGGUACUGGCUGCGGCCAGUCCACUUAUACGCAUGAUUUUAGAAGAGACUCCAAUUCUGGAGGGCGAAACCACCGUAUACUUUCCGGAUGUGCAGGUAUGUUACUUCCGGCUGUUACUGGACUUCCUGUACUCCGGCCAAGUGUAUGUACCCGCGAACGAGGUACACCACCUGCAAGAUCUCCUAGCGUUAUUACAAAUUAAGCCCAGCAUAUGGAAAAACUCCGAUUGCUCCAAUGACACUGAAUCACAAAAGUCAGAGCCCUUGGUGGAUAUUAACCGGAAUGAGGGCAUUGGCGCACUUGAUCAUCGUCGAAGGCGCACGAAAAGCCAGGACCAUUCGGGGUCCAGGGACGGUAGUCCGGCCAGCCGAAAAAUAAGGGUAAAACGAGAGCACCAUUCUGCGGGCAGCUCGGAGGAUGGUGGUGAUCGCGAAGAUACCGAUUACAUGGACGAGGUCGAAGAGGCCAUCAUCAAGAGCAACAACAACCUGCAGCAAAUCAACCGGCACGACGAGGACGACGGUGGUGGGAGUGCUGCAGGCGGUCGGGGGAGUGGGAUCGUGGGGGACGAGGGAGGCAGUACGGCGGGCGAGGCCCGAAGCGAAUCGAGCAGCAGCAGAGGAGGCGAUGGAACGGUCGAAGCUUCCCGCACGUCGAACGCGGACCGAAGAACUCCGUCGGCGCGGCAUAGCAGAGGCAGCGCGUGUGAUCCCGAUCCGGAAGACGACGAGGACUUUGAGCUGGACGUGGAAGAUCGUGACAUGGUGGACGAAGAGGCGCGUGCUGAGGCCACCAGUCGAACGCCCAACAGUGCCGGUGGCAGUGAUUCGCUACGCAGCCGAAGACGUAGCUCGUCCGACCCUGUCAAUCUGUCCAUCGUGAAGCAGCAGCAGCACCAGGACGGCGAUUCGGACGAUGCCAAUAUCGACGUCGAAACGAUAGGCAACGCACCGACGAAGAAUCUGCUUCCACCGCGGUACUUGGACCCGUUUCGCACCAAGCGGAAAGCGUACUACAUACAUUCGGAUGCCGAAUCGUUGAAACCGCUCGAACACGAGCUGCUUCACGGUUCGCCGGACAACUAUGUUGUGACUCCGCACCGGAAGCGACGGCCCGGAUUCCACAACUCGCCGGCACAGAAUCCACCGUUCGUGCCAAGCUAUUUGGAGGACCUACGAACACGCAAGUGCUUCCUCUCGGCGCCACCGACGUACGUGUCAGAUGCCAGGCCCGGAUCACCUGGUACACCCCGUCCCACCGACAUUGCGGCACUCGGUACUAACCAUUCGUCCAGCAAUAAUAACAACAACAACAACAACAACACCAGCAGCAACAACAACAAUCGGAUACGUCCGCCCAGCGCGGACAAUAAGCUUGCGGUUGCCCCGUUCGUGUACCCUUGGCCAUCGGCUGCGCUGGCAGCGUUGCCCGGCGGUCCAGCGGAUCUGCUGGCCGUUCCGUAUCUGCAUGCGGCCAGCGCCAACACGGACACCAGCCCUGCCGAGCUGAUACAGCAGAUGAAAAACUUCGAAAGCAGUCAGGCGGAAGCGGUCCUGAGCGCUCGUUCCGGUGGCAGUGGAGGCUGUGGUGGCAGCGGUGGCAGUGCCGCCAGCAGCCUAGCAGGAUCCGGCUCUGGAUCGACGGCCAGUGGGGGUGGUGGUGGUGCAGCAACAGGAGGAGGAGGAGGAGGAGGAGGUGGGCUAAGCAGUGGAAACACCCCGGUGCGCGAAUAUCGAUGUGAGUACUGUGGCAAACAGUUUGGCAUGUCCUGGAACCUGAAGACGCAUCUGCGUGUCCACACGGGCGAGAAACCUUUCGCCUGUCGGCUGUGUGUGGCAAUGUUCAAGCAGAAGGCCCAUCUGCUAAAGCAUCUCUGCUCGGUGCACCGGAACAUCAUCAAUUCGCCGGAAGCGGGUGGCAGGUACACCUGUUGCUUCUGCACACUGUACUUCGAGACGCUGCAGGAGCUGGUGCGCCAUCUGUCCGGCCAUCACAACAACCUGCUGCUCAGCAAAAAUCUCCACGAAUGAUACGCAAUGCCUCCGGUGGUGAUGGCACUGCCCGCGACCGAUCAGCGCGCCGAUCUUCGU